ACCAACAGAUCCGUACGACCAACCUAUUCAGAACAAUCUCAAACCCACCCCCAAGCGCAAUCCCAUUCACCGCCACAAGAACAGGCUUCUUUCCAAAGCGUCUAGCCAAUCCAGCAGAUGCGCUCGGAGGGUUGACGCUCUCCCACGGCCGAUCUUUAUUUUUCUGUGCAGCCUCGAUUUCAAUGAGAUCUGAUCCGGCGCAGAAAGCCUUCGUUCCUUCGCCGGUGAUGAUGGCUACUCGUAGACUUGGCUCGUCGUCAAACCACUUCCAUACGGCGUCGAGUUGCCAAUUCAGCUUUUGGUUUGUCGUGUUCAUUUUCUUUGCUCGCGUGAUGGUGACUAGUAGGACGUGUUGGGCGGGAUAUGAGAUUGCAGCCUCGUCGCACGAGGGCGGGUUGAGAUCCUGAUGGAAUUGAUCCCCCAUUGUUACAAGGCUGAACUGACUUGGUUCGAUAUCCAGUAUUCCGUUGGUCAAUCGCUGUCGUUCAUGGAAUGGCGUACAUCUGGUGCAUCGAUGUACAAAGAGGGGAAAGCCAACCAACACCCGACAUCGGCUCGCCACAUCAACACGUGCAUGACAACGCGCGCCCCUCCUUCCCCGACAUAUACGCCACGCGUCUCCCACCUCCCACCCCCAACAACCCUCACUAGGUCAUCCACAAUGGCAAGCCCUAGCACAGCAACACCAUCGCACCGCAAUAAACGCGUGAGCGAAAUGACGCCCGAAGAGCGCCUAGCCAGCCUAACCGCCUGGGCCGAAGAGCAGAAAUACGUGCAGCCGGGCGAAGGCGGGACGUUCGCGGUCGGCCCCUGGGGUAUUCGAACCAUCUGCGCCACGCCAUCUUACUCCGGUCCAGUCAAAUAUGUGCCAGGGUACACUGCGCCUCUUGCGCCUCCUGCGUAUGAGACGCCGCCUUCUUACGAGAGCGCUGUGCGGAGCGCGUCGGAGGGGUCUUGUUCAAAGAAGCCUGGGCGGGUGAAGCAGUGGAUGGAGAGGCGGAGGCAGAAGUAGGGCAUAGACGUGCUCGACGACGACGACGAAUCACGAAGACAUGAUGCAAGGAGGAUCAACGCAAAGGGCUUGCAAUUCU